UCGUGUACAGUACACCCUACUCUCAACAUGAGAAACACAUGUGCUAAGUCGUAAUAAGUUUCUGUGAUAUCUUGUGAUAGAAGGUGACAAUCGUAAACACCCGAGGAAGAACAAUUAGCUCAGAAUGAUUCUACCGGAGGCCACGGAGGGCCAGACGACCGAACUUUUGGGGAAAAUAUCUGUGCCAGCAGUAUUCCAGAUAGAACCAGUUGGGCGAUGGUAUGAAGCGCUGUGUGCACGGCGCCGUCACAAACACUCUCUGUCUCAUCACUCCCUGGAGAGUUCCAGUUCUGAUGAGAGUGAUGAUGAUGAAGGCAUGGAUGAUGAUGGGGAUGAUGCUCUGCUGCUAGGGCUAGACCCAAGGGAAUGGAAGAACCAAGACCAUUAUGCAGUUUUGGGUUUGAAAAAACUAAGAUACAAAGCUUCAGAAAACCAGAUAAAGAAAGCAUACAAAAACAAAGUGUUGAAGCAUCACCCAGACAAGCGAAGGGCACGGGGCGUAGUGGUGAAAGGCGAAGGAGAAGAUGACUACUUCACAUGUAUAACACGAGCCUAUGAAGUACUAGGCUCACGGACCAAGAGACGAUCGUAUGACAGUGUGGAUCCAGAGUUUGACGACAGUAUACCAAGUGUUAAUCAGCAGACAAAAGACACUUUCUUUACUACAUUCGGACCAGUUAUUGAAAGAAAUGCCAGAUGGAAUAAUAUUAAAAAAAGGAAAGUUCCAAUGCUGGGAGAUGAAAACGAUACAAUAGACAGUGUUAACCACUUUUACUCCUGUUGGUAUGAUUUUGAUUCCUGGCGAGAAUAUUCAUAUUUAGAUGAAGAAGAAAAGGAAAAAGGAGAGAAUCGAGAGGAAAGAAGAUGGAUAGAAAAACAAAACAAAGCCGCAAGAUUAAAGAAGAAAAAAGAAGAGAGUGCUCGGAUACGCCUUUUAGUAGAUAAUGCCUAUGCCUGUGAUCCCAGAAUACAAAGAUUUAGAGAUGAAGAAAAAGAGAAAAAGUUAGCUCAGAAACGUGCUAAACAGGAGGCUGCCCGACAAAGGGUAGAAGAAGAAGAAAGGAUAAAGCAUGAAGCCCUUGAGGAAGAAAGGAAAAAGAGGGAAAAAGAGGAGGAAGAAGCAAAGGCACAGGCUGCAGCAGCAAAGAAAGAAAAAGAGGCACAGAAAAAAAUCUUAAAAAAAGAAAGGAAAGCAUUGCGUACGUCAGUAAAGGAUAUGGAGUACUUUGCCACAUCAGAACAAGACAGGGUGUCCAAUAUGGCUGAUGUUGAUAGAUUAGCAGACCUUCUAUCACUCACCAGUUUACAGGGUCUAAAUGAAGAGCUGAGCAGUGGGGACAAGGACAAAGCCAAGGCAGCCUUUUACCAUCAGGUAGAUGAACUAAACAAGAAGUUGGAGGAGGAAAAACGAGCUCAGUUAGAAGCUGUCCACCGCCAGGCCUCUGGUGAAAACUCACAUAGUCGUGUAAAGGAGUGGAAGGAAGAAGAAGUCCAAUUCCUAAUCAAAGCUGUCAACCUAUUCCCAGCAGGAACAAAAGACAGGUGGGAAGUAAUUGCAAGUUUCAUCAAACAACACGUGCCUACAAGUAACAAGAAUGCAAGAGACGUGUUGGGGAAAGCAAAAGAUCUACAGAAAAAUGAUGCAUUCCUCAAGCAAGAUGCAGAUAGAAAAGCAUUUGAAAAAUUUGAGGCCCAAACAGCUAAACCUUCUGCUCACACAGCAAAGCCAAAGGAAGGAGUAACAAGUGAAAGAUUUGAAUCCGUAGGAGAACAACAGAUUCGUGAGACUGGUACAAACCCUGCUCCCUGGACUGCAGAGGAGCAAAAACUGCUGGAACAGUCUCUGAAAACCUUUCCUGCCAGCACACCUGAGAGAUGGGAAAAGAUAGCUGGGGUGCUCCCCGCACGCAGCAAGAAAGAUUGUAUGAAGAGAUAUAAGGAACUAGUGGAACUGAUCAGGGCCAAGAAGGCUGCUACAGAAGCUGCUGCCAAGAAGAAAUGACCUUGACUUUGAUGUAGUUUCCACUAUUCCACCAUUCCCGGUUAGCUGACUGGAGCAGGUGUCACACGAUAUCAUAAUACCAGGUCAUUUCACAUCAUUGUGUUGUGUACAUUUCGCGAACAUUGGUAUCAAACCCGAUACAAAUUUCUGUGAUUGGUAGGAGCGCAUCGCUAGCAAUAACUUAAACAUAUGUCACACCAGCAUUUAAUGACCAAGGAAGAGUGGAUGUCAUCUGUCUAGUGUGUCCAUGUUUCAACGGAAAAGAAGUUCUAAGGUUUUUCAACAGACUUAGUGGUCUGUUUUUCAGAAGUACAGCAUCUUUUUAAAAAUUCAUGAAAGUCACCAAAUACAACGUAUUAUUCACCAGUAUCAUCACCAUAACAACUAUUAGAUAUACCAGUAAAAUCAAACUGUGGAUUACAGUACGGUCACUAGAUCUGAUGGACAUCAUAUUGUCUCUGUUAGGUAAUCAUAUGCUUGCUCUGGACCAAUUAACAGUGAAAAGAAAGGCUUCGACGAUGGACCUUUGGAGGAUCUGUUGUUUACAUAGGGAUGGUAUGUAGAGGAUGUCAUGGUUAAUUUGUUGAAAUUAAUUAAAAAAAAUAAAGCUGCCUGAAUAGAAACGGUGUUUAAUAUACACACCUGUAAAUGUACACAGCCAGAAAAUGGAACAAAUCUAAUCAGAAAUUCCGUCUUACCAGGUAAUUAAAAUGGAAGUAUCCACCUCAGUUCGGGCCUACUUGAUUUAAGCAUAUUUCACUUCACAUUCUGUAAGUCACAAUUAAUUUCUAUGUAUAACAGUAUCAGCCAUUAUAGGGAAUAUUUUCCUGACCCGAAUAUGGCUGUAUUUACAUACAAUCUACGAUUGCAUGGUAACAAAAAAUCAGGUGUUCAUCCAUUUUUUAUUUGUAAGCAUAUUUUGGUUGAGAACAUGUUUGUGCUGUACGUAUUUACCCACUGUAGUGUAAGCUUGUAUAGAACAGCUCAUUAACAUGCAGUUAUUGUUUUAUGCAUCAAACUCGCACAUAAUGUUACUAAAUGAUUAUGUUUGGAUAUUUUCUGCUCAAAUGCUGAGAGUUUUCCAAAAUAAUCAAAGUACUGAAA